AUGUUACAACAACACCCAUACUCGUCCCCGGCACGACCUGCUACCAACGAUGCCUUCUCGGUUGUAAUGCGCGCCCAGGCGUAUGGCAGAACCUCGCCGGCUGUCGAUUUCUCAGAGGUCCUGGCCGAAUUUCAACAGAGUCUGGGUGAGGAUGAUGGCACAUCUGGAGAAGCAGCGUGGGGAGCAAAGAUCUCGCAGACGAUUACGAAGAUGGUCCAUGAGAAGGUCGUCCCACAAGCUACAGACAAAUACGCACAUAUCGACACGAGAAUAAACGCCCUGCAUCUUCUCAUUGAUACAGCUAUGGGAGUUGCGUAUGCGCCGUCGGGGAUCGCAUCGGACUCUGUGAGAUCUGGCACUGCGCCUCGGAUGAUUGUACUGGCGAUUUAUGAGGUUCUAUCAAAAAUGACGGAAAUGGAUAUUAGAAGAAUGGGGAAAGAUGAAGUCGCUUUUUUGGAUAAAGUCACAGAGCUGAGACUCAGACCACGGGAAUCUUGCAAUAAUACAGCCACAUGGAAAGAUCUCGAUGACAUACUGCGUUUACUCGGAUAUCCUGGAACGGUAAACUUUCGAGUGGUCUUCGGAAAUUUCAAGUACUGUAUUGAGAAUGGCUUUUCUUCCGUCGUGCGGGCACAUUAUAUGCGCACAGGAAAGAACGCGAACUCCGAUUAUGUUGUGAGAAUCAUUCGAAAUUCAAUUGUUGCCUAUGUAUCGCCUUCUUCGUGUUUCGAGACCAAGAUCAAUGCCCUGAAUGCACUGGCCGAUAUAGGAAUUUGUGAAAUGGACGGAGGACCAUGGGGAGAUGAGGAGGGCACAGCAGAGAGAUAUCUUUGCAAUACUAUUUUCGAUGUGGCUAAGAUGCUGUCUGAGAAAGAAGUGGCUAUUGUAACUAGUGACAUGCGAUACCUGAAGCCUGAGAUGUCACCAGAGCACUCGGAUAGCCUCGAUUAUAGUCCUCGCUCGCCGCAUCACGAUACACAUCGGAUAUUAGUUCGUGGUCUAAGUCUGAACAACCUUAAAGGAACCUCUUUGGGAAUAUUUGCCAAGAUUCUGUAUCUUAGAUGGAUACAAAGAGCUUGCUCUGACCGAUGGCAGAGAUGUUUGACCACAUUGGACAAUGUGAUAGAUCUCUUCAUAGAUAGCUCUGGAUCUGUCCCCCUCCGUUGCGAUAGGCUACGAGAAUCUGUGCGUAGGGCGUUCGCCGAGGUAGAAUCGGUAGCCUCGUCCCCUGGAAGAAGGGAAACCGCUGCGUCAGAGGCCAAAACUGUGGUUGAAAGUACAAUCGAACGACUUGCAAAGCGAGGAUCCCCCGAGCUUGUUAUGAGACCAAACUAA